AUGAAUUGUUAUGCUCAACAGUUGGCCUCUACCCUAUAUACAGACAGCACUAGCCAGCCUCCUUUCUUUAUAGAUUUCAUCAAUUCUCAUUCACAUGAAAAAAAUCCACCAUCCCCCCAACCCCCAAAAAACCCAUUUUUAAAUGCUUCAGCCACAUUAACCAUUAUAAAGUCAGCAAAUCCAAAAGCUUUGAAUAUUUUUGCUGAGCCACAUCUUCCAUGCAAAAACAAGCCAUUUUAUGGGGUGAUGGCUGCUAAUAGCAGAUCCCUAAGGGAUGGAAAGCAUCUUGAAGUCCUUGGUUACGACAAUCCUUUGCCUGGUCAGCCAAGGGGUAAACGAAUAGGUCUUAACUUUGAAAGAGUGAAGUACUGGUUAUCAGUUGGUGCACAGCCAUCAGAGCCAGUCCAGCGCAUUCUUUUCAGAGCUGGGGUAUUGCCUCCACCAUCAAUAGUGGCAAUGGGACGCAAAGGACGACCACGUGACAUACGUCCUGUUGAUCUUAUGACAGGACGAGUUUUAAAUGUGGAGAAGCUAGGUACAGCUAACAAACAAAAAGGAGCUGAAGAUGAGCCUGCAGAUGGAGCAAAUUCCGCAUGA